GGUUAGUUAUACCUCAAGAACAAACCCACAAAAAUUUACAUACAAUUUAGCAUAUAGUUUAGUUCAUCACAAAGCCUCUAAGCAAUGCAUUGCGAUUUUCGACUGCUUUUCACCAUCGGAUAUAAAUAGUGAUUGUUCAAAAUUUGAAAAAAAGUAAAAGAAAAAAAGAAAAGAAUGCAGCGACGGCCAUGUUCACCCGGAUCAUCGCCGGUUGAGCUACGAGACUGCCUAGAAGAGCUGCUCAAGUUCACGCUCCAAUCUCACAUCAAUGGAACCCUUGACAUAGACCAUGAUCUAGGGUUUUCUACAGACUUCUCUUCUCACCUUCUCAAUCAUAAUGAUUGUCCUGAUGUUUCCAGAUUGUAUAAGGAUCUAGUAUCCACUCUUUUGAAGUCAGUUUCCAAAGCAUCGUGUGGGUCACUAGAUGACUUCGAGGACGAAGAAGAAAGUAAUGAGAUUGCUGAAGGACGAGCUGAAUUAGUAAAUGUUCUAAAGACAGUAAACUUUGAGCUUCAUGUUCAGGAGCCUUUCUUUACUCAGCUAAAAGAUGGCCUAAAGAGAGUGGAGGGAAGAUGUGCUGCUGGUAAUUACAAUCGAAUUCAGUCUGGAGCGUUGAUACUUUUCAAUAAAUGUUUGUUGUUUGAGGUUCAGGAUGUACGUCAAUACCCUUCAUUUUAUGCGAUGUUGAAAGCAGAGAGUCUUGAUAACGUUCUUCCUGGAGUAAAAACCUUAACAGAUGGUGUUCAAAUAUACAGGAACUUUUACUCUGAAGAGAAAGAACUGUCCAAUGGUGUUCUUGGGAUUCAUGUCAAAAAAUCUGUUGCCCAGCCAUACAUUAUUUUGGCCAGAAUCAUAUCUGUGAGUUUUCUUGCCUCCCUACUUUUCCUUACCUGCAUCUUUGCUGCGAUGGCCAACAUAACAACACAAAAAACGGCUUAUUUUGGUCGUUCGAUGAUGAAGAUUUAAAAGUGCAAAAUAAGCUUCUCCUUGGAAGGAAUGUAUUUGGCUAUUUAAAGAAAAAGGUCUAAUUGUGUGCGAAACCUAACGCCUCAAACUAAUUAUGAUGUGUUCUAAUUUGACGAGUUAGUGUUUAAUAACUUAACCUUAAUAGUUUUUAGUAGAGAUGAGCAUAGUAGACCAUAAAACUGAGUCGACUAACCAAAUCGAAGGUAAGAAGAGGUUGGUCUAUGUCGGUUUGGAAAAAAUCUAAAUCGACGACAUUUGUUUAAAAAUUUUCAAAUGUAUAAUCUGACGAUCAUUUACUAGUUUGAACAUUUGUAGUUGAUGUCAGUUUGAACAUUUACUAAAUUGACCAUAGUUAAUUCGGUAUUGGUUUAGUUGGAAAAUAUACUUCGAUCAA